ACAGCAACUGUUGUCUUUAUGCUAAUCCUACAAUUGCUCUCACGCCUCUCUCAACUUCUUCUGUACCUCUCACCGAACCUGAUUCUCAACCCAGAACAAUCUCCUGAAUCGAUCAACUCUACCCCGCUAGACCACCCCGCUGCUGACACUUGCUUGCCUUCGAGCACCACUCCAACCUCUCCCACCAUGUCGUGGUUCCAGAAGACAUUCACACUGCCCGCCAAGUCACGAGGCUCAUAUCUCAUCACCGACCAAGUCGUGUCUGCCCUUCCCGAGUUGAAGGAUUACAAAGUCGGCAUGCUCAAUCUCUUUGUUCAGCAUACAUCAUGUGCACUCUCACUCAAUGAGAAUUGGGAUAGCGAUGUGCGAGAAGACAUGAGCGAUGCUCUGGACAGAAUUGCUCCUGAGGAUCGUAAGGGAAACCUCUAUCGACAUUCUGCAGAAGGACUAGAUGACAUGCCUGCACACAUCAAGUCGGCACUGAUCGGCGCCAGUGUCAGCAUCCCCAUCACAGAUGGCCGACUGAACACAGGUACUUGGCAGGGCAUCUGGUAUCUCGAGUUUCGAGCGGCCAGGCAUUCAAGAAAGAUUGUGGCCACCAUACAAGGAGAGAAACGAUAAUUAUCCCAAACUGAUGGCUGUGGGGUUUUUGGGCCUUGAAUCAUCUAUUAUGACAGUCUAUCUCCGCUUCCAAGGCAGGUUUUGUCGUUAUACUACUUGCUUCCGCUUCCACAGUAACCAUGCAAGGACCAUUGCCGCCUUGACCCCUGUCGCAAUCCACAGAGCACCAGCAUAUCCGAUGGUUGAUUUAGUGAGCGCACCCCCAAUAGCCGCACCGGCGAACAGGGCGAUUGCACUCACCGCCCUCCGAUUUCGAUCCGGAUCUUCGAGCAAGCCCGCCGUCAGCAAGUCGGGAUCGCUCAUCAGGUCGCAGUACAGACUGGUCAGGACAACGGUCGGCAUCGAGUUGUAUUUGAGAACACGACUAGCGACAAUCUGUCCCGCACUCUGGAAAGCCAAUAGAGCAAUAGGACAUAAUUCAAUCCAUGGAAAAGUUCCUCGAUCUCCAGCUUCUCUGGCAGUUUCAUUGUGUGACUUUGACGCCACGCCAGACGAGAUCAGCGCCGCCGUGAGGACCAUAAAGCCCGUCUGAAUGAGAAAGGAUGACAUGACUACCCACCGCUUCAAUGGGCCCAGGUAGCGGUGGAAGCGAGAAAAGCAGAAUGCACCAACACAAAAGGCCAGAACCGCGACCACAGAUUUGAC